AAUGCGUACAUCGCCUGGGCAAGCGCAAGUGAGCAUGAUCAGUCCAUUUGUUUCUCAGUGUUGGGAUUUUCUCAUUUCGGAAUAUCCGUUUAGGUUCUGUCGAUGUCACAAAAAAAGAAAACUAUCUUAUUACUUAUCCUCCCUGUAGUAUGCAUCCUAUCGCACGAUUUUGCAGUCCCUGCAGGUAAUACUGAAUUUAAUCUUCAACCAAACAGAGGGGAAAAAUUACUACUUAAACCAUAUGUAACAUGGGACAUGGAACUUGAACAUAAUGAAGCUGAGAGUUCAUGGAGAUAUGCAAUCAUCCAAGUACAUGUGCAGCAAAACAAUGUAACAUUGUCUCUCAAUCCUGAUUUUACGUACGAUGAAACAGACACAGGAAAAGAUGUAGCAAUUCUUUAUCCGAUUAAAAAUUUAUAUGGAAGUUAUCACUUUUACUUAAAGUCAGAAAGUAAAGUUGACACCUUUAACGUUGACAUCAUCUCAGUUCCAUACAUUUAUGGGGCUCCAUUUCCUGGUGGUUGUUGCCUCACUUGUAACAUGGAAUUUGAUCCAAAUCUGGUCAUAUCCUAUGAUUCAGUGGAAACUAAUGUUACCUUUGCAUUUGCUAAUGUGUACUACAAAAGGUCGGAGAAUUCUAGUUCUGUAUUUUUUUAUGGGAACAAGCAUCCAGGGAAGUCACCUGAGCAUUAUCGAUUUUUUUUUCAUGUCUAUCUUAUGUUUCUUGAAGAAGGGGAUACAUCAGAGGAAACAUUCUUUAAGGGACUGGAAAAAAUGGCUUAUCCAGCUGUUAUCAAAACUAAUGGAAGAAAAACUGCCUCUCUGAAAGCACCAAAUUUUUUUUUGGUAAAAUUUGAUACCCACCAAGUUGGUCAGGGUGUUGUGUACAAUGUUAUAGUGUAUGAUCCAGUUACUCAGAGGGAGGCUGCAUACUCACUUUUUUUGACCUAUGCACCUAAUUACCUCAGGCAAAAUGUCUUGACUGUUUGUUUUACAGUUGGUGUUGUUGAUGCUGUAUUUGCUGUCGCAGGAAGUUUUUUUUUUUUAAUAUUUUGUUUGUUUGGGUUUCGACUCUUCAAAUUCACCUUAUUUUUUGGAGGACUUGCAAAUUUUUCCAUCAUAUUUUUUAUCAUAAUUGAUGCCAACACUAACUUAAGUCAUCUUGGUACAAUGCUGACAAGUGCUGGUUUAGGUGUAGUUUUUGGUGUUUUGGUGUUUGCCUUGUGGUGGUUUACAGAGUGGACAAGGAUUUGUCUCCUUUUCAAUUCUUUACUCCUUGGUUUCUUGGUUGGAGCAACCCUUCUGUUCACACCACUUGGGGAACUGGACGUUGUUCAAGGCAGUGACUUUGACUAUGGGGCCAUUAUCUGUGCAUGUACUGUAGUAGUUCCAGUGAUUUUGGUACUUUGGCCUUUCUUGCUGUGUGUUGUUUACACUUCCAUUGUAUCUGCCUAUGCUUUUAUUGUAGGCAUCGAUUUCUUCAUCCACACAAGUAUUUCCUUCAUAGUGAUCGAUGUCAUUCUUCAUGCUACCAAGCCACAGUAUCGGCGCGAUCAUUUACUUGUCACCAGGCCUUUCCAGCAAAAUGAUUACAUCUUGUCUGCAACAUGGGUCUUCCUGUCAUUUCUUGGUUGCUUCGUUCAGUACGUCAUGUGCAGAAACAGACAAUUUCCAAAAAGCGGUUUUACGGAACAGAGGAGAGUCAGAAAAUACUUAAUCAGUAAACAUAGAAUUGAAGAGACGACACCACUUUUGAUAAACAGUGACACUCAAAGAACAGAUGGAGGAAAUACUAUCUGUUGAUAGUGUUUGGGAUGUCUUCUACCGAGUAACUUAGCUUUGCGGUUGCUGAGAGACUCAACGUUGAAUGCGGCAAUAUGCGGUUUUGAGGUACUUCGCAUUGUUCCUCGCACAACGUGAUAUUUUUCGGAAAAAAGGUUUUGAAUACACAAGAGAAAAUUGGUGCGGGGAAGUAUGUAAAUGCCUUUCAAAAACAAUUAAAGACUAAGUAUUUACCCAACAAAAGUUAAUGGGAUUGAAUGUCAAAACAUUUUAAGAGAAUUAUGGUCUUUUGUUUAGUCAUGUGUUUCUCGCACUGCAUGAUCUUGGUUUCAUUUCUUGUUCUAAAUCUACUUGUCGGUACUUAGAUUGAUCAGCGGAAAAAGGGAACCGGUGACUAUUGCAUAUGUAACUUUUUUUUGCCUCUGUAAGGUAAAACGAGUGUCCUUGUUCAGAAAAUAACUAUAGCACUUGUGGCUCAUGCUUUAUGAGAGUAGUGUGGAUUUAAAUUUUAUGAGAGAACGAAUAAUGUUAACAAAGUAUCAUUUAGAAUAAAUUUCAAAUAUAAUUUAUGAGGCUUGUA